CAACAACUUCAAACAAAAGCUUUCAGGCUCAUAUCCAAGACCUACAACUUUCAAAAUGUCCUACACCAUCAAAGUCCGUGUCUACCAGACCAACCCCAACGCCUAUUUCCACAUCGUUGAAAAGGGUUGCUGGCACUACGCAAACGGUAGCCAGUGGAAUGAGCAGAACGGCAUCCUGACACUCUCCAUGGGCGGCAGUGGUACCUCUGGCAUGCUCCGCUUCAAGACUGAGCAGAACAAGGAGGGCUUCUUCGUCGCCAUGGGUGUACACAACUACAAGCCCUGGGUUGACACUAUAACUGGCCUGGGUGACGAUAUCACCUGCGUCAAGGCUCUGCCCGAGUACUACGGCAACGCGUCGGACCGUACUCGAUCUCGCGAGUCGCAGCGUACUGAGCAGACGAUUCUCAACAUUGAUCGCAGAAACAUUUCUACCCAUUACAAGGUUAAGGAGGGAAACAACCUUGAACUUGAUAUCACCAUCGGAUAGGGGGCUGGGUCGAAAGCCUUUAUCAAUAUGGGAUGGAGAGGAUCUAUAAGUUAUCUUAGCAAAUUGAACUCUCAUUGACACCGCG